GACAGUUGACACCGGUCCGUCACAGAAUCGUCGCAUUGGUCGGCGCCAAACUGCAAUUCGACUUUGAGGUUAUAAUAUUAAUACUAAUAUUUAUAAAUUUUAUUAUAUUUUUUUUUUGCAUAAGUAUGAGUGAGUUAACGACAUGACUUCUAUCGCAGUAAAUAAAAACAUCAUAGCUAUUACAAGAGGUUUACGUAUUGAUUGCUACGAUUAUUCUAACCACAAAAUUAUUGAUGUGGAAUCUCGAGAUGCCAACGAUAGUAUUUCUGAUAUUGUUAUUGCCUCCAAUUGUGAAUACUUAGCAAUUAUAACUUCGAUGUCGAAGCAACUCAUCAUCUACAAUUGGCCAACAUUUAAAACAAAAAGAAAAUAUGUCCUACCCAGAAGUGCAAGCAAAAUAAGAUUUUCACCUCAAAGUGACCAUAUAUUCGUCGCCGAUAAAACUGGUGAUGUUUUAAUGUACGAUAUUUCAAAGGAAGAUGAUGGAAUUAAGCUACUGGGUCAUUUAAGUUUAUUACUUAAUGUCUUGCAAACUAGUGAUAGGAAAUUUAUUAUUUCUUCAGACAGAGAUGAAAAAAUAAGAGUAUCCUGCUAUCCUAAUACUUAUAAUAUUCAUACAUAUUGUCUGGGUCAUACAGAAUUCGUCAACCAUUUGGAAUUUCUACCGCAUAACAAUAAAUAUCUGACAAGUACAUCUGGUGAUGGCACUGUCAGAUGUUGGGAUUAUGUAACUGGUAAAAUGCACUAUAGCAUUGAUACAUUCCUUGAUAUAAAUGAUGAAACUUUAAAAGACGACUUUACCAAAGUUAUGAUUGAUGAAGGUAUAGAAGUUAACAGUUUACCAAUAGUUCAUUAUGCCGUUACUAAAAAAGAUGAAUCAUGUAGCAUUUUAGCUAUAGCUGUUUAUAAUUUUAAUAAAAUACUGGUUUACAGUUUGAAUAGUGAUGAUGAAUGUUUUAGGCAUAGAUUACUACAAAAAAUAGAUGUUGAACAACUUCCUUCGUCUCUAGCCUUGCAUGGCUCAUCCUUAUUUGUUUAUUUUGAUGUUAAAGGCACAGUCCUUAUUUAUACAAUAAAAUAUGAAAAUACAAAUAUAUCAAUAGAAUUGGAAAAAACUGUUCAAAUUUUUGUAAAUGAUCAAAGUAAUGGAGUAUCAGAUAUGGAAAACAAGCAGUCUAUUAAAUUAUUAUACAAAAGGAAGUUUGACAAUGUCCAGGAGUAUCAAGAAAGAAAAAAGCAACGAUUGGGAAAAGUCUGAAUGUUAUAUUCUAUACAUAUACUAACAUUUCACAAUUUGUACUACUGGACCAUUUGUUUUUCGUUUGAAAAUCGGGUAUAAGCUAAAUGAUUUUAAAUAAAAGAUUUUUUAACCGAA